AUGCGGCCUGCGGACAGCUCGAUAGAAGCAAUAUCCAAUGGCCAAAACGGAGAAACAAACGGGUCUGUACCCAAAAAGCCAGUUCAAGCGGUGCUUAAUGGGCACGAUAAGCCUAUUCAGAACGGCUCAAGUACCUCAUACGCAAACGGGUCCGCGAAGAAGACCAACCCGAUAAAAUCCACGCUAUGGCAGGGCCAUAAUCGUGAAGAGGUCACUCGAAUCCUGAUUCAAGGACUGGUGGAUCUGGGUUACGAUGACGCUGCAUCUACGUUGAUAGGCGAAAGUGGCUAUGAGUUGGAAAGCCCAUCCGUUGCUGCCUUUCGGAAUGCUAUUCUUGAGGGUAGCUGGGCUGAAGCAGAACAUAUUCUUCUUGGAUCAGUGUCUCCAGAUGUUUCGGACGAGCAGCCGGAUGUUGGUUUGGUCCUGGCUGAAGGCGCAGAUCGUGGGCAAAUGCUUUUCUGGAUAAGACAGCAAAAGUUCCUGGAACUACUGGACCAGCGCGAUCUGGGCCGUGCUCUCGGCGUACUACGGUCAGAAUUAACGCCACUGGACCACGAUAUUCAUCAGCUACAUGCUCUAUCGACUCUUCUGAUGUGCCCUCCUGAAGAUCUCAGGGCCAAAGCCCACUGGCCUGCUACCAUUGACGAGUCGCGGAGGUUACUGCUGCAGGAACUGUCGCGAUCAAUAGCGCCAUCAGUAAUGAUCAGAGAGCACAGGCUAGCAGAGCUAUUCGACCAGGUUAAGCACGCCCAGAUCAAUGAGUGCCUCUACCAUAACACCUCGAUCCCUCCCUCGCUCUACUCGGAUCACGUUUGCAGCCGGGACGGCUUCCCACUGAGGACAUCCACUUUAUUGGAGGAGCACUCGGACGAAGUAUGGCAUGUACGCUUCUCGCCCGACGGGACCAAGCUAGCAAGUGCAAGCAAAGAUAAAACCGCCCUGAUCUAUGACAUUUCGUCAUUCACGGUUCUGCACAGGCUGACCGACCACAUGAAAGAAGUUACGGCCUUAGCGUGGAGUCCGGACAGCACUAAGCUCAUUACCUGUUCCAAAGAUGCCAGAGCUAGAGUAUGGGACGUCGAAACAGGGCAUUGCCUGGCUACCUACCAACAUCGUGGGGGAGACAAUACCUACGCCAUCACCGAAGCCGCAUGGGCACCGGACUCUCGCAACUUUGUGACCGCGAGCCACGACCGUAAGCACACGCUAUGCCAAUGGCAACUUGAAUCUUCCGACCCGGUAUACGUUUGGCCAGAAGGCUUUCGAACCGACUCAGUUGCCAUUACACCUGACGGAAGGCGAAUAGUGGUCGCGGAUACAGACGAGAGGUUGCGCUGCUUCGACUUCCGCACUCACCGAGAAGAAUUCGUCAUCCAGUUGACGAGCCGAGUCACUGCAAUAAGCAUCAGCGGCGACAGCGCGUUUGCACUCCUGAACCUUGCCGCUGGUGAAGUCCACAUGUUCGAUCUUCUGGUUCGAGAUACCGUCAGAAAGUUUGUGGGACAACAGCAGGGGACAUAUAUGGUUCGAAAUUGUUUCGGCGGUGCUGCUGAAAACUUUGUUCUCAGCGGCAGCGAAGGCAAGUGCAAUGAUCUCAAGAAUGCGGUUCAUGCUAAUGGCCAUGGCAAGGGCCAGAGUGGCAAGGCCUGUGUCAACACCGUCGAUUGGAAUCCUACAGAUCCUGGCAUGUUUGCCUCGGGAGGCGAUGAUCGCAAGAUUCGAAUCUGGACCAACACAGUUGCACCAGCAGAUGCUAUUCCCGGCGUGGUAGAUCGACAGAUGGUGCGACAGGAACUCGGCCGGACCAGUGCCAUCCGCUCAACAUUAUGA